CGGCCGGCUCUGCCUUCCGGGGCUCGGCACGGCGCGGCCGGAGCCGGGGUAGCCGGAGCGGGCAGGAUGCGCUCCGCCGCCGCCCCGCUGCCGCUGCUCGCGGCCUCGCUGCUGCUGCCGCUGCUGCUGCCCGCCGCGCCCGCCGCCCGCGGCAGCCUGGAGCCGCCGGCGGGCAACGGCAGCCGCCCGCCCGCCGCGCCGGGCCCCGGCAACCACAGCGGGGCCCGGCUGAGCCCCGUGCCCGCCGUGCUCCGCGACCUCUCCGCGCUCAAAGCCGCCGUCAUCGGGGCCUGCGCGCUCACGGCCGCGCUCAUCGCCUGCCUCCUGCUCCGCGUCUUCAGGUCUGGCAAGAGGAUUAAGAAGACCAGGAAGUACGACAUAAUCACCACCCCGGCCGAGCGGGUAGAAAUGGCUCCUCUGAACGAAGAAGACGACGAGGACGAAGACUCAACAGUGUUUGAUGUGAAAUACAGGUACUGCUGCCAUCCAUCCAGUUAGGCUUGCUCACUGAGCUCUUGUUAGUGAAAACAGCUCUUUUAUUUCUCUGCUGGACUGACUUGGCAGGGAUGAGGCAGUCACAGUCUCCCUCUUUGCCCAAGCAUUAUCCCUUUCCUUUACACUCCUUGGCCUAUUCCCAGCACACACAGCUCUGUCCUGCCCUGCUCCUGCAAUAACCCUGUCACUACCCCAGGCUGUCUGCACUCCUCUUUCCCCUGCAGAGCAGCACAACGGGAUACACGUGUCCCAAAUAGCUGACAGGGUUUGACAGACUGAACUUCCCCUCUCGGGCAGCUGCUGGCAGUCAUUCCUGUGUGCUCACACUGGAUGGAGGGCUGUGGAUCAAGGGUCGUGGAUCCAGGGCUUCUUUCCCAGGCUGUGAGCCUGGGAGGGAAAUCAGAAUGAAUCUCCACAAGAUUUGUACCAGAGUGCUCCUAUGUCGGUCUGUGACAGAGAGGACUGUGGGCCCUCACUGAUGCUGUUAGCAGUUACCCCUUAGCAACAAACUUUCCUUAAAUAUGUUUGUCUUUUUGAGAUGGAAGUGGUGUGACAACCCCAAACUUUUGCUGCCUAUUCUGGGCCUGAAGAUUUAUGGCAACAACUCAGCACAUAAAGAUGCUGCUUGUUGAUUUAUGGCAUCAGGGUAUCUGCAUCUUUUAUUUUUGUUUGCAUCAAGCCAUCCACAGUAUUCAAGUUGUGUUCUCAUCCAAAUAAGGCCUACUCGAAAAUCUGUCCUACUUUGGCUGAAAUAAGCUCUGCUAAUUAUAAAAAUGCAGAUCUUGACAACUUCUAAGUGGAGAUUUUACAGACUUUACUCACAUUGCCCAUCUCCUAACUUUGGAAAAGGGGGAACACCACAUCUGCUCUGAGCACAUGUGUGCCAGCAUCUGAACCACCGUAUUCUCCACUGGUUGUUUCCCAAAUCACUGCCUUAGUUCUCUCUAAAAAUCAGGAAAUAGUUGAGAGCCAUGAAACAAUGAAGGGUGUGAGUCAAGCCUCUGUGUGUAAACAAUUAGUUCUUGAUUUAGAAGAUUCCUAUCAGUCCUUACCUGACUUUUGCCAUUCUCUGUAGCUGCCCCGUGUUUGCUCUAAUAAUUUCAGCUUGUGCAGUUUGUACUUUAGGAUUGAGCUUUGUUAAACCCAGAGUGCAGAGAUCUGAGUUGCCAUGGCUGUUUAAACAGCCCCCACGUCCCACUCUUUUCCUUCUAACUCCAUACUUUCUCUCUGAACUUUUGGGAAUGGGAUCUGAGGGUUUUUCCCCAAAGAGUGAGAACAGAAGAAUCUCAAUCAUGGCAGUGUUUCAGGACAAGAUGUUUAAAAGUGAAAUAGUGGAUGAACAAAGAGAGCUUGCUGGAGACCAUUUGUCUCUUGAGAGCUGUGUUUGUGUUAUCUGAUGUUGCUCCCCUGGAGCAGGACUGCUGCUGUCACUGAAGGUAUCAGCUCAUCCUGGGUCCCUGUUCUUGGCCAACCAGUCCUCUUUUCAGUUGUGGGAAUUCCUCCUUUCUGCCAGAGUGCAACAGCGAUUAAAUUGCAUGUUUUCUGCAGUUCUUGCUGUUUCAGGUAUUCUUUUGUUUAGCUUAAACAGAGCUACUCAUUUUGGAGGGGAAGAUCAUCUUACAGACAGCCUCUUAGCAGUGCUGAUGUUGGGAAAGCUUCUUUGAGGAUACAUUUGCUGUGGAGGGUGUCAAGCUCUCUGGUUCCUUUGUGCAGCUUGGAGAGUAUAUCCCAAACAGUUCACAAAUCCUGUCCCCAGUAAAGAGACUCCUUUGCAAAUUGGAGUUGCUGGGUUUGACUCUUGACAACCCCUUUGAGCUAGUCAGGACUUUUUUCAUAGGUGCUUGUGUUCAGAUGGGAAGAGAGGGAUAGAGCUGCAGAAAGGGCGUCUCAGACUUGCCCACAGGGAGUCAGGGGACAAACUUCUAGCAGGUCUUCUCUUGGUGUAUCUGCCCCAGUCCUCCCCUGCCCCCCAAGCUGGUAUUCAUGCUGUGGGAGGCUCUGAGCUGGUUUAUUUGAGAUCCCCUCCCAUUUAUGAAAGAUCCAUGCUGCCACUUGAAUCUGUAUUUGGGGGAGUAAUUGAGAUUCUAUGCUCUCUCCCCAUGUAAUGCAAACAGCUCUCUAAUUAAAAGGCAGUUGGUGUGGAGCAGCAACAGGGGAGAUGCGACAUUUACCUCUCCAAUUGGUUCUCGUGCAGUUAAUUUUCUUUCCUUUAAUGCUCUGUCCUUGUGCAGAUUUGUUUCCAGUCUUACAUGAGGCAUCAAAGAACAGCAGACAGUGUAAAUUGGGCUGUUGGAUGAAGGUCAUUGCUAUUUUUUUCCUUUUUUUUUUUUUUUCAGGAGGCUUUAAAGUUUUAGGCUCCCAGUAGUUCCCUCCCUGGCUUCCCUUGGGCAGUGAAGCAACAAGAAAUAACCACCUUUCUCCAGUAAGGCAGACUAAUGAGACCACUUCAAAAUCUUACCCAAACAGAGUCCUUUCUGUGGAUGCAAAAGCCACCCACUGCUGCCUCUGUCGAAUGUGUGCUGGAUCAGAUCCCCUCUUUGCAACCUCAUUCCAGUAGCAGGGAAGCAGCUCUGUCAGUGGCCUCCAAUCCCGCAGGCACCAUUUCUGUGUGAAAAGAGGUGGAAAGUAUGAAACAAAGAUUGUCACAGAGUAAAUGUGCCUGAUUACUUGAACAUUGAUACCUCUUAGAAAGUUUCAUGGAAGCCACUGUUUUAAUAUAUUUCUGUAUGUAUUUUCUCUACUGUUGAGGGAGGCAUUUGGAUAAAUAGUUCAGGAAUUGUUCUGAAAUUACUAUAAAGCUACACAAAGAGAGCAAACAGAGCGAUGGAAAGAGUGUUUGUUUCUUGAUCACUGAUUCAGUCUGUGCUAAAGGCCAAAAAGCAUUCAUGUCCAGUUCAUUCCUGGACCAUAUGAACUAUAUUGGUCAUCAUUUCCCAGAUGUCAGAUGGUUUUUCGAGUUUUAUGAUGGGAUUUGCCGCACGUCUUCAAAAAUGAGUUAGUGGAAAGCUAGGUCCCACUCUCCAUGUGUGCUUUUUCUCAUCCUACAAAUAGGUUUUGAUUUGAAGAUUUCCCUCUCCUCUUUGCUCCUUUAGCUCUUUCUUUCAGGAGGGCAGGGGGAAUUUGCACGGGUUCUGUGAUCUCUGUGAUGGAGCUAAGCCAUCAAUUCAUCAGGCAUUUGGCACUCAGGGGUACUUGAGUAGAGAGCAGUGAAAUAAAGUAGGUUACAGGCAAACAUCCCCAACAAACUGGUGUCCAUCCCCCACCACAGAGCACUCUGCUUAUUUUGUGUAAUAAGAGAAAAGAGAUUAAAACAGCUGCAAAAAGAACCAGUUUCUGAAAAGGUAAAUAAAAUUGUUAGCUUGUUAAGCUUAUUAACUCUAGCGAGGCUCAUUGGGGGAUUUCUUGUCAGCUUCAAUAGGAAACUGAAAACAGGUUCUGAAUAAAUUCCGUGGCGCCUUGCACAUGAAAGGCUUUGAAAGCACUUCAGUAAUCUGGGAUAUCAGCAGUGACUCCUCUCCCUGCUGACUUGCAGCUGUUGGAGGCAGCGAGUUCUGCUCUUGCUUCGCUUGCUGGGCCCAGCUGGGGGAAUUUCACAACUGUCCAGGGCCAUAUGUGCCAUGUGACAGCCCAGAGCUGGGGAAAGAGCUUGGAAUUUAAAUGCUAGUCUUGGUGUCAGACUCCUAAAUAAAUACUGAUAGAAAGUUUUUCUUGGGGCAGAUUGAAGCCUCUGUCCUUCCUGUCGGCUGAGUAAAAUUCCUCACUUUGUUUUCCCUGUGGAUUGUCAUUUUUCCUCUUAACAGCAGCAGCAGCACCAGCAGAACGCAGAAGUGGUUUAGGAAUGCAUCUUCCAAAGUGCUCUUGAAAGGGGAAGGAUUUAUGUGUAAGGAGUAGUGGCAGGCUGAGGGAAGAGGACAGGAAUAUUUAUUCCACCAUUGUGGGUCUAAAGGGCUUUUGAGAGCUUGCAGGAUGUUUUAGAGGAAAGAUGCACCACAUGUAAUGGCUGGAUUUGGGAUUCAUCCCUUUUCCAGGCACUGAUAGCAUUGAACGGUAGAGAAACAUCUUCAGCACUGUUGCAGGGCUCAGCCUUUGAUGUACCCAAGUCUUGGGAGUCUCUGUAAAAUAUGGGUUACACUACUGGUGCUUUCUCUAGGACUACAUCCUUUCCAGAUCCUGACUGCGUGUGCAGCUCUGAAUGGAGCGUGGAAUUGUUCUGUUUGUUACUGUGAGGUGUUCACUCUCAAGGGAGCAGCUCUAAUGGAUUUUUUUUCCAGUGAAAGCUGCAGGCAAUUCUGGAUGAUGCCAGGUGAAUUGUACUGGGGUUUAUAGCAGCUUAUUUUUUUUCCCCAGCAGGCAUCAGUGACAAGUUGUGUGUAAAUGGAGGGGUAUCAUUUAUCCUCAUCUGAAGGGGGUGCAAAUCACCAACACAGGCAGCAGCUCACUAUAAAUACAACAAAUUGCCAAAGCUUUGGUGCUGCUGUUAAGGAUUUCCCAUAGGUCCACAGCAGGGGAGAAAAAGAGAUAGUCAAAAAGCAAUUUUUGCUGGGUUUUGAAGGCCAGUUCUUUCCUGAUGCUGCUGUGACAGUUGUUGCAAAGCACACCAUAUUCUGCUACUUGCUCUUGUAGUCCUAUGGGAGGGCUGUUGCCUCCUUCCUGCAGUGUAAUAGGUUCCUGUUAAGAUUUUUUUUGAACCCUGAAGCAGUUAGGGCAUCAGGAGGAACGUCCAUAGCAAGGAGGAUGGUCCAUGUAUGUUGAUGGGUAAGGGGUGCACUGGUGUAUAAAAGCUGUGAGGUGCAGGAUGUGGUUUCAUGUGCCUUCCUGUGUACAUUCCCUUCUAUGCUCUGCACAGUGACUGGCCACAGGAUCUUCCAGCAUCUGGCCUUGCCCUCAUCUAACUCUGCUUUUGUCUUCCCUUGGUAUCUCUUCUCUGGCGUGGCACUAACAUCCCAUCACUGGGAUUGGGAUGGAAUCUGCUGGAAUUGGUGGCAAACCCAGCGAAUGAUGCUGCCUUUUCCUUUGUGGCCAUUGGGAUUUUUUUUCUCCAGUUUGCACGUGGGUUCUCAUCUCUGCCUGUGAGUAAUUUUAAUUGCAAAUCUCCAGCUGUACUAAUUCUUCUGCUUUCCAGGUAAAGCAACUCCAUGGAGCGUUGGUGCCCUGCAAGAUGUCAUUCUGCUGUCGAGGGACCUGCUGAACCCAUAACUGUGAAAGGGGAGGCUUUCAUCUCUGCAGUGUGACACCCUCACCUCCUCCAGGUGCUGUUCGUACAGCAGGCUGUGGAUCUGACUAAAACAGCACCAUUUGGUUCCCUGGUGUCCCAACUCUGCGUUGGAAUGACCAGAGUUCCUCUUUGCAAACUGGGCUCUCUUGCUUUAGGAGGGCUGCAGUGUCACCAAAGCAUUACAAGGUGCAGCUCCUUACAGUCUAAAUAAGUUUUGCAGAAGGAGGAAGACAAGGAAGAUUAAACUAAGCUGCCCCAAGGAGUUAUUUUCUAAAAUCCUAAUUCAACACUUCAGUCACUGUUAAACUUCAGUCAUUGUUAAACGGAUCAUGUGUUUAAAAAAAAAAUCAAUAAGUAUUUUUAGGCCUUACAGAGGUGACUUAGGACUUAAGAUGGUAAAAAUGUAAGCCAUGCUGAAAUGCCACACUAUGUUUGGUGUAGGGUUUGGGUGGGAAGGGGUUGGGAGGUCGACUCAUGUAGGAAAUUUUCUUAACUUGCUACUGAUUUUUUUUUUUAAAACAACAAUUGCACUAAGUUUUCACGAUGACACUCUUAUUGUCCCAAGGAGCUCUGAUCAGAUCAACUUCAGUAAGUGAGACCACAGGGAAAUAGGAAGAAUCAGGCAUGCUCUAAACUACAACAAUCUUGGAUUAAAGAAGAUAUAUUUUUGUAAUUUUCUGCCCUUCCACUGGGAGUAAAACCAGUGUUUUGUACUGUCCUGUGCUGACUGUAACUUGUCUACAAUUCAUUACCUUUUUCUAAGCAAAGUAAGUCCUCAUGUGGAAUGAUUGGAUUGCAGAGAGAACAUGUCUUAUUUUUCAUGGAAGCUUCAUGUAAAUGAUAUUAUUUUCUGUCAAACUGGAAGUUUUUCUUUACUACCUGCUUGACAAAGCUCAUUUAACUCAAGGAUGAUUUUUAGCUGUUGUUCCCUGCUGUGCUUUGUGCUGCAGAGGUCAGAGCUGUGGGAUGACACUGUGGGAAUUAGAUUGCUGCAUCUGGAAAGGUCGGGUUUGGGAGACCACAGGCAUCCAGGCAUUUCAGGCCAGCGGUAGAAAGGGCAAACCUAACUGGGUUACUUUCUUUCCUUUGUGGUUUUCCUUUAGAGUAACCACAGAUGAAGUUCAGACUUUACAGUUUACUGCACUCCUUAACACCUUCUAUUUUGCGUUUUUAAGCUGGCUGAAACCUUGCUUUUCUUGGGGAAUGCAUAUUUUCCAAUGGUUUUAGGAUUGUCCCACUAUUUGCUUGACCCUCUCCCAGCCUUGCAGUUGCAGUCCCUCAAGGAGACUGCAGUUUCUGGCAAAGCACCAGCCUUGCAGCAGGCUGCCACUUUUGGGAUUUUAAUCUGUUUUUUAAAGCCCUAUUGAGAUCUGAGUCUUGUUGAGAAACCAAACUGCUUUGUCAUGAUACCACGACCUGUGCCAGUUCUGUGUCGUUCCCCUUGGCCCUUCAGUCAGUAAAAGGAGGUGAAUGGGAAUUUUUUUUCCUUUCCAGCAGCCUUGUGCAUUCAUCCCAGCAGCUGCCAUACCACAGCUUGCUUUCCCUUAGCUGUGACUCAGCAAAGGCUUUGCAGACAGCCAACUCAGCCUGGAUGGAAAAAUCCCAAAGCAGACUGUUGUGUUAAUAUUAGUCAUCAAGGCAAUAUAAAAUGCUCUGUUAUUUUCAUUCAUGGAAUAGUUUGAGUCAUUCUGUGCCUCUGUUACCAAGCAAUAUUCGACUUGUCAGCUGUGAGGUGAAGAUGGGCUGGGCAGGUUGUUCUGGCUGGCAGGAACCACAGGGAGCAGAGAGUGGAACGAUGCUGCAGGUUCAGGUGAGGUCUGGAGCUCUUUCCUCACCUCACUAGAACAGGUUUCAGGCUCUAGGCUGGAUGCUCCAGAAGGAAAUACUGAGUUUCUUCAGGGCUGCAAGAGUGAAGGCUGGGAAUUGAACUUUGUGGGCAGACCAAGCCCUUUGGGAGUCAGAGAAGUGGCGAUGCUGAGAGGAGAGAGGGAGGUUAAAAGCUUCUGUUGGCAUUUGUGGAAGGAGGGGACGGGAUGAGGUGGCUGUCCUGUCUGUGCAGGCACCAUGGCAACGUGUUCAUGCCCACUCUCCUGCCACACUCAUUAAGCUGAGCAUCAGGCACUCUCAGAGUGGAGGCAGGGAAUGAAACCAUCUCUUUGCACAAAAGAAAGGCAAGACCAAGUUAUGUAGGAGAGAGAUUGGAAGAGAAUAAGCAUGAAGGGCAUUUCUGCCUUCUGAGCAAGUCAGUUCUUGAAAUCAGUCUUUCCAGCAGCUUCAGGUCACUUACUGAGUUAGGCUGGCAAAGGCCUUCUGCUCCCCUUGCUUGUAGCCUAAAAAGACAAAAAAUCCCACUAUUUUCACAACAUGGCCGAAUCUCAAUGGUGGACAGGGACCAGGUAUUUAAGAUGUUGAAGAUGGAGGUGUUCAACAUCAGCUGGAUUUCCUGGCUCCUUGAGGAAGUCCCAAACUGUGUGCCAUAAGCUAAAAAGUGCUUAUAGGGAAGCAGCAGCUGCUUGGUGGAAAUAAAAGGUCAACCUGACCAGUUGCUCACGGUCAUGAAAAUAAUCCAAAUGCUUUGUCUGAUACUCAGUUGCUGUUGCAAAUGUGAGGCAAUGUUUACCUCUAAAAAACUUGCUGUAUGUGAUUUAAAGUGUCUGGUUAAAUAUUCUAUAGCUAUAUUUAGUUAAGAUUUUAAGAGCACUUGACGUGACUCAUCUAAUAGUAUAUAUAUGAAUAUUUUUUUAAUUGUAGAAAUCAGUUUAAAACAUAGUUUUAAUAAUUUGAACUGUUUGGUUCAGGUAGUUCUAGGAGUUCAUCAGAGAAGAAAUAGCCAUUAACCACUACAUGAGUUUUUUACCUUAAUGUUCUGUGUAUCUUACACUGCAGAUUUAAUCUGAUUGUGACUGCAACGUGUCUUAGUAUCUGCUGCUGUUUUGUGUUGCGUAGUCAAACUUGCUUUGUUCAAGAGCAUUUUAAAAGGCAUAUUUUUUUGUUACAGAAAAUGAAAACAGAAAUGUUAUUACAGCUGUCUGUCUGUAGCUCACUGCUUACAGAAUCCUCCAACUCCUGGCUGAGGCAAGCUGAGUAUGUGAGUCAGAGGCUUUUCCCUUUGGGCAUGUGGAGGGAAAACCCUGCACAGAAUUGCAGCUGCUUUGCUCCAGCCACAGCCCUGUCACCAGAGAUUACACCUGAGAAGCCAGAAAUCAGUGUGCCAUGCUUACCUGCAGAACUAAGUACACAGAUAGCUUUGUAUUUGCAUUUUCCCCCCUUUUGUUCCCUGGAAGUUGCAGAGAUGACUGCAAACACUUGUUAAGCACACUGACUCUGUGAUCCCCUAGUGUUUAUCUUAAGACCAAACUUACUUGUAACAGUCUACAGGCACUAAUGAAGCUUGAACACAUAGACACUAAUUAACUCAACCAUUUUGUUCAUAACUGUUCCCUCUAAUUCCAUGUACAUGGUAUAAUCUCUGCAGGGUGGUGGGCUGUGGUUUUUGGUAAAGAUUUUUCCUUGUUAGACGAGUUUCUUCUGCUGCAGUUUGUGUGUGAGGAGGUAUCAGGACCAUGUGUUCAGUUUUGUGCAAUUGCUUUGAAGUUUUUUUUUAGAAAGAAUUUGUCAUUGUGACCAAAGCUUCUUUUUAAGGAAAAAUUGGUUGCGUUUGAAUGGACUUCAUGUGUUUCAGUAGAAACUGCCAUCAUUAAACAUGUUCUUGAAAUCCC